AAAGUGCCAAAUUUUACUAGAAAGCCUAGAAUUUUCAUAAUCUUAAAACGGCGUCGAACAAGAACCCUAAAAACCUAAUCACUAAAACCCUUUCGAUUAUAUAAAUUCUCCCAAAACCCCAUUUCUCUUCUUCGUCUUCCGUUUCCGCUGACUCCAUAAACCCUAACAUCCUCUCUUUUCAAGCUUUUCUUCCUCGAUUGUUAGCCAUGGAGUUCUGGGGAGUUGAAGUUCCAGCAGGAAAGCCACUCAAAGUGACGCCUGAAGAAGGAAUUCUUGUCCACAUCUCUCAUGCAUCGCUUGGUGAUUGCAAGAACAAGAAGGGAGAAACUGUGCCUUUGUAUGUGAAGGUUGGGGACGAGAAGUUUGUUCUGGGCACUCUUGUUUCUGGGAGCAUUCCUCAGACGAAUUUUGAUUUAGUAUUCGAUAAGGAGUUUGAGCUUUCUCACGAGUGGGGAAAAAGUGUCCACUUUGCUGCGGAAGUGAAAAAGAAUGCGAAGCCUGAAGCAGAUGAUGUUGAAGAGGAUGAAUCCGAUUCUGAUGAAGGAAUGAGUGUUGAUGAAGACGAUACUGAUGAUGAAGAUGAUUCCGAGGAAGAAAAGGAGGAGACACCGAAGAAGCCUGAAUCAAGCAAGAAGAGAGCCAAUGAAGCAGCACCCAAAACACCUGUGUCUGCAAAGAAGGCUAAAGCAGAAGUUACUCCUAAGAAAACAGACGAGAAGAAGAAAGGAGGACACACCGCAACGCCCCACCCAGCAAAGAAAGGUGGAAAGACUCCAGCGACUGCAACUCCAGUCUCUUGUGCUUCAUGCAAGAAGACAUUCAACUCAGAGAAUGCACUUGAGUCUCACACCAAGGCCAAGCACUCUUCUGCCAAGUGAACUGGUUUCUUAGAUCUAUCAACUACUACUCUGUUUUGGGUUUUGAGAAGGCUCAUUGUGAUAUCAUUGGAUUUUUGCUUGUUGUCUUUAUCAAAACCUUCGGAUUUUUGUUUCUUUUAUUAAAAAAACGAGUCUUAAAAAAAAGAGACCUAACUAGACUACUGGAGUACGAAUUGAUACUGAUAGAUACCUUUUUUUCAGUUUCUAUCGUUUAUACCUCCUAAUGCUGAAGAAUGCAAA